AUGGGUAAAGACGACGAGCCUAAAACCUACCGAUACAAUGAGUCCCCGGUCUACACAUCCUCUAAUGGCUGCCCUGUUAUGGAUCCCCAAGCGUCUCAACGCGUAGGCCCCAACGGCCCACUGCUGCUGCAAGACUUCCACCUGAUCGAUCUGCUUGCACACUUCGACCGUGAACGCAUUCCCGAGCGUGUGGUCCAUGCCAAGGGUGCUGGCGCCUUCGGCGAAUUUGAAGUCACCGAUGAUAUUAGCGACAUUACCAUUGUCGACAUGCUCAAGGGCGUCGGGAAGAAGACCAAGAUGCUUACUCGCUUCUCUACCGUGGGUGGUGAAAAGGGCUCUGCAGACAGUGCUCGUGAUCCGCGUGGCUUUGCCAUCAAGUUCUACACCGAGGAGGGUAACUGGGAUUGGGUAUUCAACAAUACUCCCGUCUUCUUCUUGCGUGACCCUGCCAAGUUCCCUGUCUUCAUCCACACCCAGAAGCGCAACCCUCAGACUAACCUCAAAGAUGCCACCGCAUUCUGGGAUUACCUUUCCACCCAUCAAGAGGCAGUCCACCAGGUGAUGCAUCUGUUCAGUGACCGCGGCACUCCAUACUCAUACCGUCACAUGAACGCCUACUCGGGUCACACAUACAAGUGGAUCAAACCUGAUGGCACUUUCAACUACGUGCAGAUCCACUGCAAGACCGAUCAGGGCAACAAGACCUUCACCAACGAGGAGGCUACCAGGCUGUCCGCCGAGAACCCCGACUGGCACACCCAGGAUCUGUUCAACGCCAUUGAGCGGGGUGAGAACCCUUCAUGGACCUGCUACGUCCAGGUCCUCAGCCCCGAGCAGGCCGAAAAGUUCCGCUGGAGUGUCUUCGACCUCACGAAGGUUUGGCCCCAAAGUGAGGUGCCCCUGCGUCGAUUCGGCCGCUUCACUCUCAACAAGAACCCGCAGAAUUACUUCGCCGAGAUUGAGCAGGCUGCGUUCUCCCCCUCACAUAUGGUCCCUGGCGUUGAACCCUCCGCGGACCCUGUCCUUCAGGCUCGUCUCUUCUCUUACCCAGAUACACACCGCCACCGCCUGGGCGGCAACUACGAGCAGAUUCCCGUCAACUGUCCCAUCCGCGGGUUCAGCCCGUGGCACCGUGACGGUCCCAUGAACGUUAACGGCAACUAUGGUGCCAAUCCCAACUACCCUUCCACCUUCCGCCCACUGGCUUACAAGCCCGUUAAGGCGAGCCAGGAGCACGAAAAGUGGACUGGCGCCGUCAUGGCUGAACAAAUCCCCGUUACUGACGAGGACUACUUGCAGGCUAAUGGUCUUUGGCAAGUCCUUGGUCGCCAACCUGGCCAACAGGAGAACUUUGUCAAGAACAUUUCAGGACAUCUGUGUGGUGCCCAUGAGCGUGUUCGCAAGCAGACUUACCACAUGUUCUCUCGUGUGAACAAGAAUCUUGGUGCUCGAAUUGAGGCUGCUACCGAGGCCAAUGUCACUCCUGUGGCGCGUCUGUAA